AUGGGAAAUAUACACACCGUUGGCCCCAGUGAAGCUCUCGUUAUAUCUGGCGGAUGUUUUGGUUCUGCUCAUGUACGUACCAUCAUCGGCGGAUGGGGUUGGGCAUGGUGGUGUGUGACUCAGGUACAAAAAAUCUCUCUCGGAGUAAUGACACUGAACCCUACGUGUGAGAACGUGGAGACCAUGGAGGGUGUGCCCCUCACAGUCACCGGUGUCGCUCAAGUAAAGAUCAUGCGGGAUGACAAGCUGCUUCAAUUGGCUUGCGAACAGUUUUUAGGCAAAAGCCGUAGCGCUAUCCAGCACACCAUCUUGCAAACCAUGGAAGGACAUUUGCGUGCGAUUCUGGGGACUUUGACAGUAGAGGCGAUCUACCGGGACCGGGACCAGUUCGCUGCAUUGGUCCGUGAUGUUGCGGCGCCAGACGUGGGUCGAAUGGGAAUCGAAAUCCUCAGCUUCACCAUCAAAGAUGUGUACGACCGGGUGGAGUACCUGAACUCACUGGGGCGUGCACAAACCGCAAAUGUGAAACGCGACGCUGAUAUUGGAGUGGCUGAGGCCGAACGAGAUGCGAGUAUCAAGGAGGCCGAAUGUGAUCGGGCGCGGAUGGACGUACGCUACGCAUCGGAUACCCACAUCGCUAACUCGACCAGGGAUUUCCAGGUGUGCGCUGCCUCUAUCGAACAAGAGAUCAACACAGCUCGUGCGGAGGCCGAAUUGGCCUAUCAGCUACAAGCGGCCAAAGAGAGACAGAAAAUCCGAAUUGAGGAGAUCAACAUUAGCAUUGUGGAGCGACGGAAACAAAUUGAAAUUGAGGAGAAGGAGGUUUUGUGCAGUGAGAAGCGACUGGACGCCAACGUGCGACGCCCGGCUGAGGCUGAGGCUUACCGAUUGCAACAGAUUGCGGAGGGAAACCGUAUGCAGAAAAUCCUCCUGGCCCAAGCGGAAGCCGAUGGGAUUCGGGCUCGUGGUCAGGCCAACGCCGCCGCCAUUGAGGCAAUGGGAAAAGCAGAGGCUGAGCGCAUGCGUCUACGCGCACAGGCGUACAACAACUACGGAGACGCGGCCAUACUCGGUCUCGUAUUAGAUUCGUUGCCCCGUCUGGCUGCAGAAUUGGCCGCUCCAUUGGCUCGGACCAAAGAAAUUGUCUUGAUGGGCGGCGGUUGUGGUGGAGAUAGUUCGGGUUCCACGUUGACCAAUUUGGGUAAAGAUUUUACCACUUUGAUGGGCACCCUUCCCCCCGCACUACGUGCCCUGACGUCUGUGGACUUGAGUAAGACGAUAUCCAAAAUUCCCGGAGCCACAGUGGUUACAUGAACUCAAUAGAAUUGCAAAAGUCAGAACGCGAAUUGGCGGGUAUCUCUAGAAAGUGCUGAUUCGGCAGUGGUCACCAUCAUCCAGUCUUCCUCGUUCGUACCUAUGUUCUUUGAAUCUCCUUAUUCCACAGUGCAUUUCUUUUAGAUAACCCAACGUUCCUCUUGAUAUCUUCUCACGCACUGUCGUAUCGUUUAGAUUUUCUAUCCAUUCUGCUCCACUUUGUUCCACAUUCUCCAUGUUUUUUGGUUUUUUUUCUACCGUGCUUCCGUUCUCGUGUAAAUAUUCCCCACUGACAUAGGCAAAUACUGGCACUGAUCAUUUUAUUCCUUAUUCUCUUUAUGUGUUGCUGUUUCUACUUGUACCUCUGAUCUAUGUGUGUUGCUUAAGUAUUUUUUUCAUUUAUCUCCUUUUCUCUCCAAAUUAUGCAAUUAAAAUACGUUAUUGACGGUUUU